CACGCCCGCCUCGCCCUCGUGGGUGGCAACCACACCGCCGCCCGCUUCUGCACCCGCUAAGCUCGCCUCCCUCCCUCCACGCCGGCCUUCUCUUCGUCGCCGUCUCGAACGGUAAAACCAAACGCUCCUGCUCGACUCACGCGCCCACGAUGCCGGGAGACACUGUCUUGAUCCGGCUCCCCGGCCCGCGCGCCCUCCGGGUGCUCGCGCGCUCCGUGCUCUUCGCCGCCGCUCUGCUCUUCCUGCCAUGGCUCCGCGCUGCCGAGGCUCCGGCCCGGAGCCACACUGUCGACGCCUGCGGCGCUGCCGUGGCCCAGGCCGAGCUCCUGCUCCGCGACUUGUGCCACGAGGGCCUGCUCGCCCCCGGCGCCCGCGCCGUCGUCCUCAGCUCCGAUGGCGACUGCGACGCGCCCGCCCCGAAACAGGACCAGGACAGCGUCCUGCGACCCGCCUCGCUGCGGCGGAUGCUGAUGUUAGGGGACUCGUCAGUAGACUUUCUGCUGGAUUUCGGGUACUUCGACGAGGACGGCGACAGGUUCGCCUUCGCCGAUCGGGUGCUCAAGCAUGGCGGCAUCCUUGCCGCCCCAAUUGACUCGUUGAGCGUGCUCAGCUUGCCGCAGAACUACUGCUACAUCCGUCGCUUUGCUGAGGCUUUUGUUGGGAUCAAGAAGAUUGCGCCCGCCGGCGACAAUGGCAAUGCCGACCCAAGAAUGGAUCUGUCAUCACUAGCUUCGCUGAAGGGAGGAGUGGUUUCCAGUGAGCCACCUGAGACUACCGGCCUUGAACUCAAGAACAUGGGGCGGAAGCUCCUACUGUCUGACAUCAGUGGAACUCCAGCAGCACACGAUCGUAGAGGAUCGUUUCAGAUGCUCCAUCAGUAUCAGAUUCAGAGUUGAUUCAGCAGCUUUAUGAAAUGUGAAGAAGCUAAAGCCUGCAGCAUCUUCUGGCUUGCAAUUGCAGCAUAAGCUUUCAGCCUUCUAGGAGCGCAGAGCAGGCAGCAGCAGCACAUCUGCACAUGAUGACAUGAGUUGGCUUGAGACUCGAUGUUGAAUUGCAUUUGGUAUUUGUUUUGUUUGUCGCUGUGUUUUCGUUCUCUGUGUUGGUCGUAUGAGUGUCGGCUCCAUGCCACUAGAUUGCUCGCAUGCACUUCGCCUGAUAAUAAAGUUUCUCAUGUAUCAUCUGAGCUCAGCUUUGUUUUCUUUUUCUUUUCUUUCCUUAUUGCCAAUAAUUCUCUAAAUCAAAGAAAUUCAUGAGUGGCUGAGGCAGA